AUGCUUAGCUCAGCUUUCCGGGCUCCGGCAAAAGACAUUGAGCUCUCCACUCCGCCGCCAGACUCGAUAUCAGCACUCGCUUUCAGUCCUACAGCUGAUAUAUUGGCAGUAGCAAGCUGGGAUAACAAUGUGAGGCUAUACGAUGUGAACUCUCAAGGUCAAUCUCAGGGCAAGGCAAUGUACUCACAUCAAGCUCCUGUGUUAGACUUAGCUUGGUCAAAGGACGGUCAAUUCCUCUUCUCCGCCGGAUGCGAUAAUACAGCUCAGAUGUAUAAUAUCCAGACUCAACAGCAGCAACAAGUAGCUCAACAUGAUGCUCCUAUAAAAUGUAUCGAAUAUGCCGAAGUACCAGGAAGUGGACCUGUAUUGAUCACAGCGGGGUGGGAUAAGAAAUUAAAGUACUGGAAUUUGACGUCACCUAGUCCUAUCGCUACUUUAGAUUUGACAGAUAGAGCUUAUUCAAUGGAUGUAGCUUUGACCUUACUUGUCAUAGCGACUGGAGAUAGGCAGAUCCAUGUUGUCAACUUGUCGAAUCCUACCACCAUAUUUAAAAGCAUCGAAUCUCCCCUCAAAUGGCAAACAAGAGUGGUAAAAUGUUUCCCAACAGGAGAUGCUUAUGCGAUUGGAAGUGUAGAAGGACGUGUGGCAAUUCAAUAUCCAGGUGGAGACGAAAAAAAAAACUAUUCCUUCAAAUGUCAUCGGUAUGAUAUUCCAACAGGCACAAUGCCUGGUACACCUGCAGUCUCAGGAUCUCAACAUGUUUUCGCGAUCAAUACAAUAACAUUCCACAAAACACAAUAUACGUUCUGUACUGGUGGAAGUGAUGGUAGUCUGACAUUCUGGGAUGGUGUAGCUAGGACAAAGUUAAAGACUUUCUCAUGUAAGGAGUUGAGUAAUGGUGACACAGACGCCAGACCCCCUCAAUUUGGUACCCCUAUAGUAGCAAGUUCGUUCAACCAUACUCACGAAAUCUUAGCAUAUGCUCUUUCCUAUGAUUGGUCAAAAGGACACGGAGGUGUACCACCCCAAGGGUCAAAUAUCAAUAAAGUCAUGUUACAUCCUGUUAAACCCGAAGAAGUCAACAAGAAACCACCAAAGCGAUAA